AUGGACUGCAUUUUGGACUUGGUCACAGAUGUGGAAAACCAACGUACGGAAGAAAGCAUCACUGUCGCUGUAUUCCUUGAUGUCCAACGAGCAUACGACACAGUGAGUCACGUUCACGUUCUGGAAGGCCUGGCUCUGCAGGGAUUCAAGGGCAAAAUACUGCGAUGGAUCGCUGACUUCCUGAGGCACCGCCUCCACCGAAAGGAGACUCCACUUGUUAUUGGCAAGGAGCUUGAGGCCUUGGCAACCGGUCCCCAUCGCAGUGGCAGCCGUGGACCCACGAUUGUUCUAGAGCCGCCCACUGUGGUUGAGUUCUCGAGCGAGACAGGCGCCGUGCUUCCUUGCUCAGCGCAAGGUCAGCCGCAACCGAGCAUUCGAUGGGAGAAAGAGGACGGAAGCCCUGCAUCAACGGUUCCGGGGCUGCGGGAGACGCGCUCCGACGGCUCACUUGUGCUUCCGGCCUUUGGUCCUAACCAAUUCCGGCCGGAACUGCACUCGGCGACUUAUCGCUGCGUAGCCUCCAACACCAUGGGACUCGUGAAGAGUCGCCUCGCUCACGUCCGUGGAGUGGUCCUGGAAAAGUUCGUCGCAAGCGUCUACGACGUCUACGUGGUGAGGGGGAACUCUGCACUACUGCGCUGUCACGUGCCUCCCACUGUAAAGGAUUACGUCAAAGUGACGUCAUGGGCACUUGAUGAUGGCGUCACUAUCGGCACACUCGAAGGAACCGGCUUUGACUCCCGCUACUUGAUGCUUCCCUCGGGUGAGCUCAUUGUGCGCGACGUGGACAGCGCCGACAGCCAGCGCUCCUAUCGGUGUCAAGUACAGAAUGUACUGACCGGUCAAAGUCACCUCAGCACAACUGCUGGAAGGACAAUCAUCACUGAACCCCACAGCCAACUUCCACCCCGGAUGAUCGAGUACGGAAGCGUGGUUCAAGUGGAACAGGGUGAGCGAGCGGUGCUGCCUUGCCUGUCGGAGGGACACCCAAGUCCAAAGCACUACUGGUACCGCCUCACUGGCCACGGAACGUCGAUGGAGUCAAGCUCAACUAAUGGCGGAGAAGGAUCUUUAGCUCUGAAGGCUUCUGACCGAGUCUUCCUUCUCCCCGAGGGUCCGCUGAUAUUGCACAAGGCACUUAUCCAGGACAACGGCAGGUACUUGUGCGUAGCUAACAACUCUGCUGGCGAGGACAAAGCACACGUGGAGCUUCUGCGGGUCACCCCGUCCACGGCGUGCUGUGGACGCACAACGGCCUCGCCAUCUCAGUCAGGCCACUCGGCGAAUCCGCACGCUUCCGUCAUCAGCAGAACCGGAAGCAGAAAGCCUACUUCCGGCGGCCCUUCAGGCCGAUUUUCGCUUUUGUCUCGUGAUCUCCUCCACGUGUCCUCGGUGGAACGACAGGACGGCGGAAUGUAUCAGUGCACCGUCUACAAUCACGAGGACUCUGCACAAGGGUCUUCACAGCUCGUCAUUGGAGAGGACGCUCCCGUCUUGGAGCACGUAUUCUCGGAGCGCCAGGUCCGUCCUGGAGGUAGUGUCUCUCUCAGGUGCUCGGCCUCGGGGAAUCCCCUGCCUCAGGUCACGUGGUCCUUGGACGGUACACCCGUGCCAGAGCAUUACCACGUCCGUGUCGGUGACUAUGUGAGCGGUGAAAGGCUGGUGCACAGUUACGUGAACCUGACCGGCGUGCGAGUGGAAGACGGCGGCCUCUACACUUGCGUGGCUCGCAACGGCGUAGGCCGGGUCUCUCACUCGGCCCGGCUUAACGUGCUUGGAAGGCCUUUGGUCCGACCCAUGGCCAACGUUACGGCCUUGGCAGGACGCAACAUGCGGCUGCACUGCGCCGUGGCAGGCCACCCCAUACAGAACAUUGUUUGGCAGAAAGAUGGGCGCUCGCUACCGCAGAACCAUCGCCAGCACAGCUUCCCCAAUGGCAGCCUGGUUAUUUCUGAGGUGCAAAGAAGCGUGGACAGCGGUUGGUACGCAUGCGUCGCCAGGGAUCCUCAAGGAAAUACGGCUAGAGGGCAGCUAGCUGUGCACGUCAUGACUCCUCCCCUCGUGAGUCCCUUCAGCUUUCCGGACGACCUGACAGAGGGCAAAAGAGCGGGCGCCGCGUGCAUCAUCUCCGAAGGCGACCUGCCCAUCACCAUUCAGUGGCUGAAAGACGGACUGCCGCUGGAUCCGGAGUUGGAGGCAUCGGUUGCCAAGGCCAAUGACUACACCUCGUUUCUCUCGUUCACUGGUGUGCGCCAGUUGCACUCUGGGAACUACACCUGCGUCGCGUCAAACCCAGCAACGUCGUCCAACUACAGCGCAGAGAUGAUUGUCCGUGUCCCUCCUACGUGGAGACAGGAGCCAGUCGACAAAGCUGCCGUCAUGGGCCAAGCGGUGAGCUUUGACUGCCAGGCGGAUGGUUUUCCUGUACCCGUUAUCCGAUGGAAAAAGGAACAUAGAACAGAGAGUGCCCGAGAGUUUUCGGUGAUUAUCAGCAACGCCAACGUCCAGAUUUUGGAGAAUGGUUCACUCAGCAUCCGUGAAGCUGAUCGCUUAGACGCUGGCCACUACAUGUGCCAGGCAUUGAACGGAGUCGGACCUGGCAUAUCUACUGUUGUCAAGCUCGACGUACACGUGGCGGCGCACUUCGAGCGCAAGUUUCAUGCUCUCACGGUCCGUCGUGGCGACAACGUUGCUUUGACCUGUCGCGCUGUCGGUGAGCCGCCAAUUACGGUCACGUGGUUGCGAGACCGGCACGCAUUCAGCCCUGCGUUGGAGCCCAGGUACGUGGUUGAAGAGAAACCCGGUGCCGAGGCCCUCGAGUACGUGGUGCGCAUACCGAGCGUCGACCGCAGGGACUCUUCGCUGUUCAGCUGCUUCGCCGAGAACGCCUACGGCAGGGACGACACAAACUUCCAGGUCGUCGUCCAGGAACCCCCGGAAAAACCUCGAGGCCUCGAGGUGUCCCAGUCUACGAGUCGUUCUGUGACAAUCUCCUGGACAGCGCCCUACUCUGGUAACAGCCCUGUCGCAAAGUACCGCCUGGAAUACAAGCACAGAGACGGCACAUGGAAGCGCGACUCGCGCGUGUCGAUGAUCGAUGCGACAGAGACUUCGUACGUGGUUACUUCGCUGCGACCGAAUACCGCCUAUGAGUUUCGGCUGAGGGCAGAAAACGCCAUCGGGCUCAGCGAAUUCAGCGACUCGCUGAUGGUUACUACCGAUGAAGAAGCUCCCAGUGGUGCUCCACGCGAAAUCAAAGUGACACCAACGGGAUCCAGGAGCCUCCACAUCGCCUGGAAGCCACCUCUGGACGAGGACUCCAAUGGCCUAGUCCAGGGUUACUACGUGGGGUACCGUGUACGCGAUGCUAAGGAAUCAUUCGCCUACAAGACCCUUGAAAGCGCACCUGCUUCAACCUUGCAACAGUGUGAGCUGACCGACUUGCGACGAAACACACGCUACAGCGUCGUAGUCCAGGCAUUUAACGCCAAAGGCGCUGGACCCGUUUCCGAGGAAGUUCACUCCCAGACUCUGGAAAUAGAUCCUCCCACGGCCCCGCGGCUGAAACUGAUUUCGUCGACAUCAUCAUCUGUGCACCUGAGCUGGACGAUCGAGAGGGAACAACCGGUGAAUGGUUUCGUGCUCUUUCACAAGGCAGAGCCACCUACGCCUGCAGACGCCCAAUCAUCGGAGGACGCAGGCGAGUGGUCCGAGGUGCAGACGGGGUCUGAGAGAUCGGCGUACGCUUAUCGCGGCCUGCGAUGCGGUCGCAAGUACUCCUUCUACGUGGUGGCCUUUAAUGCCGCGGGGCGAGGACCCCGUAGCAACGUUGUACAUGCGAAGACGGAUGGAUCUGCCUAUUAG